UGUCGUGCGAGGAAACGUGUAACAAAAAAUACAAAACAGUUAUAAUUAUGGAAAUGCACAGUGGCGAACCUUCCUUGAUUCCGUUACCGUGGAUUCUGAAUUCGGCAAUCGGAAUGCGGUUUCUUCAUAUGUUCCCUACGUCAAAGACCAAACCAACAGAUAAAACUCUCGCACACAAAAAUUAUGGUUGAUACACGACAAAAAUAGAACCCCGUGAACCCCGCCGAAUCGGAAGAAGUGUGAUGGGACCAUCUCCGUGAUAUAUGGUGCACAAUAAUAUCAUCAUCGUUGGACGGUAAUCAUCUGCCUGAGCAGCAGGAUCAGAGAGACAUCAACAUGAUCGGUGUUGGCAUAGCAGCCAUAAACAAACGCAAAAGUGCAAGUCCCGGUUGUGAGAGGUGUGAAGCUGCGAAAGAAGAAAGUUUUGACACAAAAAUAUGCUUGCAGGCCGAUUGUCCGAGUUUGUUUACAGAAUGUAAUUAGCAAAAUAGUUAGGAAUGGUUCCAAGCAACUGUUGUUGAACAACUUGUUUGAUUAGAUGUAGUUGACAUUAGAUCUGCGAUCAUGCCAUUAGUUCUGGUAUUGCGGGUUUAUCAACAUUCUGCUGCCCAGUUGUGGCGCGGAAAUAAAAGUGAUCGUUUAUAUCCUAAAUCGCACGUUUUUUGUCGAGUGUUCUAUAUAUUUCGCUUUCGUAAGGCCAAGUUCAGGAUGACGGUUGCCAUCCCAUUGGACGAGCGCCCACGGAAUGAAUCGCACAUCCCGUCCGCGGAAGGUGUCGUCAACAAUGGCUACGUACAGGAUACCACGAAUGGCAAAAAGCACACUGAUCAUGAGUCCGUCCACCACCAUCACGGCCACGAUCACCACUAUCACCUGCGGCAUCACCAUGUGCGGGAGAAACCCGGCCAUGAUUACACGGAGGACGUAAUCACAACCCAUGGCAUCCAGGCCCACCACAAGACGAGCUACCUCGAGACGAUGACGCAUAUGCUCAAGGGUAACAUUGGAACCGGCUGCUACGCGAUGGGAGAUGCGUUCAAAAAUGGCGGUUUGGUGUUGGCGCCCAUACUGACCGUAUUCUUGGGCUUCAUUUGUGUCCACUGUCAACACGUCCUGCUGAACUGUGCCAGCAAGGUUCAUCUCGAUCAGCAGAACAAAGGCCGGCCGCCGGAUUUCGCGGAAACCGUUGGAUUGGUCUUCGAAACGGGACCACCCAAAGUACAGCGGUGGGCUAGCACAAUGAAACUUGCGGUGAACAUUUUCAUAUGCGUGACGCAAUUAGGAUUCUGCUGUAUCUAUUUUGUAUUUAUAGGCUCUAAUUUCAAGCAGAUAUUCGAUCGCUACGAUAUGAAGUUGGACGUCCACUACCACAUGGCACUUUUGCUGAUCCCGAUUAUCCUAACCGCAAUAAUCACGAAACUGAAAUUCCUCUCGUACUGCUCGAUGCUGGCCAACAUCUUCAUGUCGCUUGGCAUUGGAAUCACAUUCUACUACGCUUCCCAAGAUCUACCGUCGCCAUCGGAACGUAACUACGUUGCCAGCUGGAAUCAACUUCCGCUGUUCUUCGGGACGGCCAUUUUCGCCUUCGAAGGCAUCGCUCUGGUGCUUCCGCUGCAGAAUGAAAUGAAGAAACCGGAGGAUUUCAGCAAAACUUUCGGAGUGCUGAACCUCGGGAUGGUAUUCAUCGUAACGCUUUUCACUGCAUUCGGAUUCGUUGGCUAUCUCAAGUGGGGCGAAGCAGUUGAGGGUAGCAUGACGCUGAAUUUGCCCGAAGAUGAAAUGCUAGCGGAGAGUGUCAAGGUGAUGAUCUCUCUCGGAGUGCUACUCGGAUUUGCGUUACAGUUUUUCGUAGCCAUCAUCAUCAUGUGGCCGACGGUCGAGUGCCAAUUGAACAUCACCAAACACAAGGUUCUGGCAGAAAUGGGCUUCCGUGUUGUGAUGGUUCUGGUUACCUUCGCCAUCGCGGAAUGUGUGCCUAAGCUCAGCCUGUUCAUCUCCCUGAUUGGUGCGCUAUGUUCGACGGCAUUGGCCCUGGUGUUUCCGCCAAUAAUCGAACUGAUAGUGGCGUUCAACGAUGCCGAACAAAAACCGGGUCUAUUUUUGAUAGCUAAGAAUGUGUUCAUUCUUAUGCUGGCUGUUAUUGGAUUCACCACCGGUAGCUACGAAAGUAUAAGCAAAAUUGUUCAAGAAUUGUUAUGAGUGUCACGUUGGUUAGUGCACCCAAGUUCCAGUGAUACAUACAUAUUGUUGUUGAUAUAUAAUGUUAUAUAUUU